GCUUGGGGAGGAGGCACGCAGGGACUGGCUGUCAGGCAAGCCCAGCCUCCCUGCCGUUCAGAGGUUGGGCCAGAGGGAAAGAGACCUCCCAGAAGGAGGACGGAGGAAGUUGUGUGGGACAAGCCGCUCCUGACCGAAGGACUCACCCUCCACCCCACCUGACCACAGGAUGCUGGAGCUGAGCCUGUCCUGGCUGGGACUCGGGCCAGUGGCAGCCUCCCCGUGGCUGCUGCUGCUGCUGGUCGGGGCCUCCUGGGUCCUGGCCCGCGUCCUGGCCUGGAUCUACGCCUUCUAUGACAACUGCUGUCGCCUCCGGUGUUUCCCGCAGCCCCCCAAACGGAGCUGGUUUUGGGGUCACCUCGGCCUGGCGCAAAGCAAUGAGGAGGGCAUGCGGCUGGUGGAGGAGCUGGGCCACUACUUUCGCGACGUCCACCUCUGGUGGAUGGGGCCCUUCUUCCCCAUCCUGCGGCUUGUUCACCCUAACUUCGUUGCCCCUCUGCUCCAGGCAUCAGCCACCAUCAUACCCAAGGAUAUGUUUUUCUACAGCUUCCUGAAGCCCUGGCUGGGGGAUGGGCUCCUGCUGAGUGCUGGUGACAAGUGGAGCAGCCACCGUCGCCUGCUGACACCUGCCUUCCACUUCGAGAUUUUGAAGCCCUAUAUGAAGAUUUUCAACAAGAGCACAGACAUCAUGCACGCCAAGUGGCAACGCCUGGCCUUGGAGGGCAGCACUCGUCUGGACAUGUUUGAACACAUCAGCCUCAUGACCCUGGACAGUCUGCAGAAAUGUGUCUUCAGUUAUGACGGCAAUUGCCAGGAGAAACCCAGCGAAUAUAUUGCCGCCAUCUUAGAGCUCAGUGCCCUGGUGACGAAACGAAUUCAGCACAUCUUCCUGCACGUGGACUUCCUGUACUACCUCACCCACAAUGGGCAGCGCUUCUACAGGGCCUGCCGCCUGGUGCACGACUUCACAGAUGCUGUCAUCCAGAAGAGGCGUCGUACUCUAAUCAGUCAGGGUUCCCAAGAAUUCCUCAAAACCAAGACUAAGGCCAAGACUUUGGACUUCAUCGAUGUGCUCCUUCUGGCCAAGGAUGAAGAUGGGAAGGGAUUGUCGGACGAAGAUAUCCGAGCUGAAGCUGACACCUUCAUGUUUGAGGGCCAUGACACCACAGCCAGUGGCCUCUCCUGGAUCCUGUACAACCUGGCAAAGUACCCAGAAUACCAGGAGCGCUGCCGUCAGGAGGUACAAGAGCUCCUGAGGGACCGCGAGCCUAAAGAGAUUGAAUGGGACGACCUGGCCCAGUUGCCCUUCCUGACCAUGUGCAUCAAGGAGAGUCUGCGUUUGCAUCCCCCAGUAGCGGUCAUCUCUCGCCUCUGUACCCAAGACGUUGUGCUCCCAGACGGCCGAGUCAUCCCCAAAGGGAACAUCUGUGUCAUCAGCAUCUUCGGGAUUCAUCACAACCCAUCAGUCUGGCCAGACCCUGAGGUAUUCAAUCCCUUCCGCUUUGAUCCAGAAGCCCCCCAGAAGAGAUCACCUCUGGCUUUCAUUCCUUUUUCGGCAGGGCCCAGGAACUGCAUCGGGCAGACGUUUGCCAUGAACGAGAUGAAGGUGGCGCUGGCGCUCACCCUACUGCGGUUCCGCAUCCUGCCGGAUGAGGAGGAGCCACGCAGGAAGCCAGAGCUGAUCCUGCGCGCGGAGGGCGGACUGUGGCUGCAGGUGGAGCCACUGAACACAGGCCAGUAAUGACCCACCACCUUCUAUCCUGGGACCCACCCUGACCACAGACACUUCACUGCAGAUUCCCAGGAAUAAAAUUGUGCUGUCAAGUCUGUCCCAGUCUCGUCGAGAGCCAGCAGGGGGCGCUUGGGCCCUGGGAGGACCCAGGCGCUUGGGCUGUGAACGUGGGAGGCAGGAUGGAAGGUGAGGGAGGGGGGCUUGGAGGCGGAUAUUGGUAUGAUACCUGGAGCUCCAUCUUGGAUCGUGAGGACAAGACUACCCUUUAGCGAAGGGUGGAGCAGAGAGAUAGAUGCAAUCAGGGUCGGAUGACCCACUGAUCCACCACUCUCCCACUGCAAAGGUCGCCAUCCUAGUAUGCUAUUUACUAGUUGUUUGGUUUGGGGAAAAUCGUUUAUUUUCCUUUAUUACAUAAUAGUAGCCUCUUAAUUGCGAUGUUGAGAUUUGUAAGCGAGCAUAUGUGAAAUGACUGACGAUAUUUGGUAAGCAUCAGUACUCAGUAAGGGUUCAUUUCCUCUCUUCUUUUUGCAUCACUUUCUCAAAUUUAAAAUGUUUUAAAAUCAUAAAAGGUAUAUUUAAGAUUUGAGACACGUGGAAAUACUGCUGAAGAAAACUGUCAUUAAAAUAUUCAGUAAAUUCAAA